AUGGAGGCUCCUAUCUUCGCUCAGCCAGCAUCACAAGUCGCAAAUCAAGAUUCCACGGCAACACCACGAAGACGACCAAAUCGUGGUAGAGGUCGUGGUCGUGGCGGAGACAACGCUGCCCUUGCAUUUCGGCCCGCUAGCAUCGCUCCACUGCCAUCAAGGUCACAACCGACAGAGACACACACCCAGACUGCAGCUCCACAACCAGCCUCAGUAUCAGCUUCACGCGCGAGAGGAGGUCGACGAGGUCGUGGAGGCGCUGCCCGACCAAACCAACCACGCACGACAGUCAACGGCCGAGCGUUCGGAGGCGGAUUGACACAAGAUGCAGCAGACUCCUCUGACACGGCAUCUCUCCACGGCAGCGCACCAGCAUUUGUCCCUGGGCAGCAACACACUCAGCACAAUGAUCAGGUACCGAAGCAGCCUCGACGACAGCGACUACUCAAAAAGGUAGCUGCGCCGAAAUCACAAGCACCGGACAUUGCCACAAGAACACACGAGGACAUCGAUCAUGGCCACUACGAAUGUGCAAUUUGUACGAGCGAAGUGCAGCGUAACUCAAAGGUCUGGUCUUGCCACACCUGCUGGACCGUCUUCCAUCUCACCUGCAUCAAGAAAUGGUCAUCGAAUGAAGGAUCCACGGCCAGCCGGCCAAAUGCAGAAAACGGAGAUACACAACCAGGUCGGCAAUGGCGUUGUCCGGGAUGCAAUCUGCCAAAGGAUGUCCUUCCUCAGUCAUAUAGCUGCUGGUGCGAGAAGGAGUACAAUCCGCCAUCGCUCGCCGGUCUUCAUCCUCACUCCUGCGGUCAAACAUGUGGGCGAGAGCGCGUGAGGAAAUGUCCGCAUCCAUGUCAGCUCACCUGUCACGCUGGACCUUGUCCGCCGUGCACGCAUAUGGGGCCGACUCAGUCGUGCUUCUGCGGCAAACACGAAUCGACGAAGCGGUGUGCUGAGACUGAGUACACUGGAGGGUGGGGAUGUGGCGAGAUCUGCGGUGCUUUGAUGUCGUGCGGCGUUCACUACUGCGCUCAGGCAUGCCAUGAAGGAAGUUGCGGUGCCUGCGAAGUGCGUCUUCCUGCUCGAUGCUAUUGUGGGCAGAUGGAGAAGGACGUCCUGUGCAGCGAUCAGGGCGAAGUACGGGAAAGCUUGCGAAGUCAUGAUUCAGAUACGGGUGAGGUCGUGCUGGAGGCAUGGACUGGAGUCUUUGAUUGUGGCAACUCAUGCGAUCGAACGUUCGACUGUGGCGUUCACAAAUGCGAGAAGCGUUGUCAUCCUCAAGAGCCGGAAUCUGGACAUUGUCCUCACUCACCGGACGUCGUCACACACUGUCCGUGUGGCAAAACAUCCCUCACUGACAUCACAUCCUCACCACGAGACUCUUGUCAGGAUCCGAUUCCCAGCUGUGUCAAGCCUUGCGACCAGCCAUUGGCCUGCGGACAUCCGUGCCCGCGGGUCUGUCAUUUUGGAAACUGCCCGCCCUGCCGCAUGCAGGUCGAAAUCAGCUGUCGGUGUGGCAGGACUACAUCUGUGUCGCUCUGCCAUCAAGGUCACGAGGAGUCGCCGCAGUGCAGACGGGUGUGUCGAGCUAAUCUCAACUGCGGGAGACAUGCCUGCGAGGAGCGCUGCUGUGCUGGCGAGAGAAGAGCCAUUGAGCGCCAAGCAGGCCGCAAGAAGCAGCGUCCGCUAGCAUCUGCUGCUCGUCCGGUCGACGAUGGCUUCGAAGCGGAACACAUCUGCACUCGCCAAUGUGGCCGCAUGCUGAAGUGCGGCAAUCACGUCUGCGAAGAGCUCUGCCACAAGGGCCCGUGCGGAUCUUGCCGGGAAGCUAUCUUCGAGGAGAUCAGCUGCCACUGUGGUCGCACGGUGCUUCAGCCUCCACUACCAUGUGGUACUGUUCCACCGCCAUGCCGCUACGCCUGCGAGCGACCGAAAGCUUGUGGACAUCCGCAGGUUCCGCACAACUGCCAUCAGAACGAGGAAGCUUGCCCAAAAUGCCCUUAUCUAUGCGAGAAGCGAUGCAUGUGCAGCAAGAAGAUCAUCAAGAACACUCCUUGUUGGCUUCGCGAUGUAGGGUGCGGUGAAGUUUGUGGUAAGCUUCUGAAGUGUGGCUCUCACUAUUGCCGGAAGCCAUGCCACCGUGCUGGAUCAUGCGAGGAUGCCAAUGGUCAGCCUUGCGUGCAGCCUUGCGGCAAAGAGAAGAAGAUUUGCGGGCACUCCGAUGAGGCACAGUGUCACGCACCAUCCGCGUGCAAGGAAGAGACGCCGUGCCCGAGCAAGAUGUUCAUCACUUGUGCUUGCCAAGCACAAAAGCAGGAGAUCAAAUGCGGAGCUUCGAAGUCGACUGAAGGUAACGGUGGCAAGGUGCUGCCAUGCAACGACGAGUGCGCUCGGCUGGAACGCAAUCGAAAGCUUGCCGUCGCUCUCAACAUCGACCAGGCCACUCAUGUCGACGGCGGCGACCACAUUCCAUUCUCUUCCGAAACGCUCAACUACUUCGCACAGCACACAAAGUGGGGUCAAACUCAAGAACGAGAAUUCCGCGUCUUCGCAGCCGCCGACGACGAAAAGCGUCUACGUUUCAAGCCCAUGCAAGCAGCCCAGCGUCAAUUCAUACACCUCCUCGCCGAAGACUUUGGCCUCGACACGGAGAGCAUCGAUCCGGAGCCGCAUCGUCACGUCAUGGUCUGGAAGACGCCCCGAUUCGUCUCUGCACCCAACAAGACUCUCGCCGACGCCCUUCGAAUUCGACAAGCAGCCCAAAGAUCCAUCAACACCAGCGCCAACUCGAAGGUCCAACACCAACCCUUCAACGGCUUCGUAAUCAGCAAACCCCGCUUCGGCCUCACAAUAGACGAUGUCCGGUCCGAAGUCAACGCCGUGACGCCUGGCACAGCCCCCUUCACAUUCGACAUCGAGUUUCUCCCCAGCGAAGAAGUCGUCCUCAAAGCCAUCAGCCGGGCUCUUUCUCCUCAAGACCUCGAACGAUCCCUCCAAUCCCUACGCAACACCCUUGGCACCGCCAUCGCCGGCAAGGGAAUCGGCAGCAUGCAACUCUGCACAACCGACAACAGUCUCAACAUCACACGUCUGGAGUCGGAUAACUCCGGCGGAGAUGGCUGGUCGCGUGUAGCGGCGAAGAAAGCGGCGCCGAGGGUUGCUUUGCAGAACCCGUCGUUUGGAGCGAGUAAUUCGUUUGCGGCGUUGACGGGAGCGACAGGGAAGGUUACGUUUGCGAAGAAGACGGCGAAGGUGGAGAAGAAGAAGAAGAAAGAUGUUGAGAUGGUGGUUGAUGAUUGGGAGGCGGCGGAGAUGGCGGAGGAGGAGAAGGAGGAUGGUGGGGGAAAGUCUGAUGCGGAGCUGAAGGAUGUCGGUGGUCGUGUGGAGGAGACGGCCAAGGAGCUGCCAGAGGAGGCCAAUAUUGCUGAGGUAGAACCAGAGUCGAUGGCAAAGGACACCGAUGUCCAGCGGGACGUCCAGCCUGAGGCCAAAACUGGUCACGGUGACAGCGAAGAGACGGAGCAGACUUCCGACAGCAGCGCUGUACCAGUGAUCGCAAGCGGACCGAGCACGGAGCCAGCUCAAAAUGAGGCAAAUGCGGAGCGACUGGACUGGGUUUCGGAAGUGGAUGGUUCUGUGCCUUCGACUUGA